AUGUCCGAUACCAAUUAUUCCAAGACUGCGAUUCUGUCGGUCUACGACAAAACCGGUCUGCUAGAUCUGGCUAAGGGCCUCGCCGAUAACAAUGUGCGAAUUUUGGCGUCUGGCGGUACCGCCCGUAUGGUGCGUGAAGCCGGCUUCAACGUCGAAGACGUUUCUUCCAUCACACACGCCCCAGAGAUGCUAGGUGGCAGAGUCAAGACACUGCAUCCAGCUGUCCACGGUGGUAUUUUGGCCAGAAACUUGGCAUCCGAUGAGAAAGAUUUGAAGGAACAAAACAUCGACAAAGUGGACUUCGUGGUUUGCAACUUGUACCCCUUCAAGGAAACCGUCGCAAAGGUCGGUGUCACAAUCCCCGAGGCUGUGGAAGAGAUCGAUAUUGGAGGUGUUACACUCUUGAGAGCCGCUGCCAAAAACCACUCGCGUGUGGCAAUCUUGUCAGACCCCAACGACUAUCCUCAAUUCUUGCAAGAAUUGUCCAAGGGCGGAGUUACCCAGGAUCUCAAAAAUAAGAUGGCCUUGAAGGCUUUCGAGCACACCGCCGACUACGACGCCGCCAUCUCUGAUUUCUUCAGAAAACAAUACUCUGAGGGCACGACUCAGCUGCCGCUACGUUACGGUGCCAACCCACACCAAAAACCUGCUCAGGCCUACGUCUCCCUCCAGGAAGAGCUUCCAUUCAAGGUCCUGUGUGGUUCCCCCGGCUACAUCAACCUUUUGGAUGCUCUCAACUCAUGGCCUUUGGUCAAAGAGCUUUCUGCCUCUUUGAACCUACCUGCGGCCGCUUCCUUCAAGCACGUUUCGCCCGCUGGUGCCGCUGUGGGUCUCCCAUUGAGCGACGUGGAAAAGCAAAUCUACUUUGUUAAAGACAUUGAGAACUUGUCACCAUUGGCCUGUGCUUACGCCAGAGCCCGUGGUGCCGACAGAAUGUCCUCAUUCGGUGACUUUAUUGCUCUAUCUAACAUCGUUGAUGUUCCUACCGCUAAGAUAAUCUCCAGAGAAGUUUCUGAUGGUGUUAUUGCUCCAGGAUUCGAGCCAGAAGCUUUGGAGCUUCUAUCUAAGAAGAAAGGUGGUAAAUACUGCAUUUUGCAAAUCGACCCUAACUUCACUCCAGAAUCCGUGGAAUCUAGACAAGUUUACGGUGUGACUUUGCAACAGAAGAGAAACGACGCCAUCAUCAACAAGUCUUCUUUCAAAGAAAUUGUCUCUGCUAACAAGAACUUGACCGAACAAGCCGUCAUCGACUUGACUGUGGCCACUAUUGCCUUGAAAUACACUCAAUCCAACUCUGUGUGCUACGCCAAGAACGGUAUGGUGGUGGGUCUAGGCGCUGGCCAGCAAUCAAGAAUUCACUGUACCAGAUUGGCCGGUGACAAAGCUGACAACUGGUGGUUGAGACAACACCCAAGAGUGCUAGGUUUCAAGUGGGCCAAGGGUGUCAAGAGACCUGAAAAGUCGAACGCCAUUGACUUGUUUGUGACUGGUCAAAUUCCAAGCGAAGAACCUGAGAAGUCUGAAUACGACUCUAAAUUUGCCGAGAUUCCAACUCCAUUGUCAGCCGAAGAAAGAAAAGAAUGGAUGGACAAAUUGACCAAUGUUGCGUUGUCGUCUGAUGCUUUCUUUCCAUUCCCAGACAACGUAUACAGAGCCGUUAAAUCCGGUGUCAAGUACAUUGCUGCACCAUCCGGUUCUGUGAUGGACAAGGCCGUUUUCUCUGCGGCGGACUCCUUUGAGUUGGUGUAUGUCGAAAACCCAAUUCGUUUGUUCCACCAUUGA